CAAUCGUGUAUAUCCGUCGUGAUUAAAGUGUGAUGACAGUCAAGAGGUAGUAGUGCUUCACGGUGUGUGCGCAGACGAUAUAGUGAAUUAAUGUACUGGGGAGAAACCCUUUUCUGUCCCCACUAGUCACUUUGCCUCAUUACCGUAAGUAUGGAGAGCCUCUGGACGGACCUACAGCGAAUGUAGCCUGGUCGAUUUUAUUUCGGAGUAACUUUUACCCAGAAUGUUCGCUCUACCGAUCUGCAUCGUGCUUUUAUCGAUACCAUCGUAUUCGUCUGCUAACAGAAAUGACGCACCAAUUAUUGGUGUGCUGGCUCAAGAGGUACUUGCACCUCAGCCUAAUAUGACUUCUUACAUAGCGGCCUCUUAUGUUAAGUUCUUGGAGUCGGCUGGAGCGAGAGUUGUCCCCAUCAUGGUUAACCAGACGCUGGAGGAAUACAAAACACUCUUCAACUCAAUUAAUGGAGUACUUUACCCUGGCGGAGGAGUCAGCAUUAUCUCAUCUGGUUAUGAAAGGGCCGCAAGAAUCUUUUAUGAACUUGCCAUUGAAGCCAACUCCAGAGGUGACCAUUUCCCUGUGUGGGGUACUUGUCUUGGAUUUGAGCAACUGAUCUACCUUACUAGUGGAAAGCUGCUUCUCUCUCAUACAAAUACCAGUGGUGUGGCUUUGCCUCUUAUCUUUACUAAUGAAUCCAGCAAAAGCAGGUUGUUUAGAGGCUUCCCGGCAGAAGUUUUGGAAGCUCUGGCCUCUGAGCCAUUGACAGAAAACUCUCAUCAGUGGAGUCUCACAGUGCAGAGUUACAAUGACAAUGAAGAAUUGAAGAGGUUUUACAAAAUCCUGUCCACAAACACAGAUGGGAGAGUCGAGUUUGUGUCAACAGUGGAAGCGAAUGACUUCCCAAUCUACGGCACCCAGUGGCACCCUGAGAAGAACGCAUUCGAGUGGACCAGGCCCUACAUCCCACACUCUCCAGCCGCCAUCAAGACCACCUUCUACAUGGCCGACUUCUUGGUCAAUGAAGCCAGAAAAAGUUUGCACAGAUUUGGCAGCGAGGAGGAAGAGAAGAAAGUGCUGAUAUACAACUUCAGUCCUGUUUACACUGGGAAAAAGUCUGCUUUUGAGCAAGUCUAUUAUUUCUGACAUCCGCUUUUAGAUUGACAGUCCAUUUCUUUGAUUGAACUGGCUCUGCUAGUUGUGAAUCAACAAUUGUACCGUUUCAAUUCAAUCACGUGUGUUUGAUUCAGCAUUUGGUGCCUUCUAACACUCCACCCGCAUGUGUCUAGUCAUGAAACACAAUUCAAUAGGACGACAUUAUGCAUUCAACAAAACCCAUGCAAGACUGAGAAAUCCUGAAGAGGUAGCCCAUCCUUUGUGGACAUUUUGGUUGGUGCCACAUUACGUGCCAUCAAGCAUGAGAAUCUAUACAAAUCGUGUUACUGGAAUGUGUAUUGCCUGAUUUGAUUAAAAGAUUAUUUUCUAAAAGGUC